AUGCGAAAUCGCGAGCUUCGCUUAUGCGAUCACCGCGAUCGAGAAAGCGGCACUGGCGGCCUAGACGAAGAGGAUCGAAAGUCGCAAGCGCUUGACGUCCGCGAGUUAUAUUUGCAGCUUGCCGCCAUGGAUCCGAUCACAAUCGACGCAUCUUUCGCGAAUGAACACUCGUCGCCACUAGGCAUUGCAAAUAAGCUCGACGAUGACGAUGGAAACAUCAGACAUACGGUUCUCCAGGUCAUGGCCGCCAUGCUUCAACUCCGCCCCUUCUCCACUUCCCUUUCCCCUCCCCACGCUUCCCUGGCUACAACCAACUCCAUCCUCUCCAUCCUCGCCGCCAUCCCCUCCUUCUUCUUCCUCGCCACCCGCUCCAUCGGCCGCCAACCCACAACUCGCCAUCGCUCCCCUCUCAAACCUCGACCUCUCCGUCUCCACACCCUCGCCGUCCACCGCGACCCUUCCAGGAUCCAUCUCGGCGUUUCUCAAGCCCUAGCCUUCUACUCCUGGGUCGAAUCCCACUGUGGAUUCAUCCACAACGAGAGCACUUGCCGCGCGAUGUGCCGAAUCCUUGCCAAAUCCAACAACCUCCGGAUUCUAUGGCGGUUCCUCAGAUCCAACCAAACCCUAGUCACCACCACCACCAUCACCUCCAUCAUCAAGGUCCUUGGCGAUGAGGGUUUGGCCAAGGAGGCCUUGGCCGCAUUCUAUCGGAUGAAACAACUGCAUUGCAAGCCUGAUGUCAUCGCCUACAACACCCUCAUCUCGGCGCUCUGCCGGAUUGGUGAUUUCAAGAAUGCAAGAUCUCUUCUUGAGCAAAUGGAGCUGCCCGGAGCUCGGUGCUCGCCGGAUACCUGCACUUAUACGAUCCUCAUUGGGUACUAUUGCCGGAGGAGCAUGGAGACCGGGUGCCGGAAAGCGAUCAGGAGGAGAAUUUGGGAGGCUAAUCACAUGUUCCGGCGAAUGCUUUUCAAGGGUUUUGUUCCUGAUGUUGUGACCUACAACUGUUUGAUCAAUGGUCUCUGUAAGAGUUAUCGGAUUGAGAGAGCUCUGGAGGUGUUUGAUGAAAUGCUGCAGAGAGGUUGUGUGCCAAAUAGAGUUACUUAUAAUUCUUUCAUUAGGUAUUAUAGUGUUGUGAAUGAGGUUGAUAAGGGUGUUGAGAUGAUGAGGGCAAUGGUGGCACGGAAGCAUGGUGUGCCCAUGUCGAGCUCUUACACGCCGAUAAUUCAUUCGCUUUGUGAGGCCGGAAGGGUUGAGGAAGCGAGGGAUUUUCUCGUUGAGAUGGUUCAGUUUGGGUCUGUUCCGAGGGAGUAUACGUAUAAAUUGGUUUGUGAUGCUUUGAGUAGAUUGGGUGUGGAUGGUUUUGGAGCUGAUUUGAGGAGACGAAUUGAGGAUGGAAUCGAUGCGAGGUUUAGAUCAGUGAUGCGGGUGAAGCCUAUAAUGCAACGCCCGAAAUAGAUCUAUUUGUGUAUUUGGAUGAUGUAAUGAUAAAUCAAGCUGUUACACUUUGAUAACUGUUGCUCUUUGUGAGGCAAGGAAAGUUAUGAAAGUAAGGAAGGUCUAUUCCGAGGGAGCACAUACAUCCAUAUGAACUAGUUUGUGAUGCAUUGGAUAGUU